AUGACCUCCUCACCCCGCCCCCGAAAACGUCGACCCAAGCCGUCCCUUGACUGGCUCCCCGAAGAACUCUUCCCCCAGAUAGCCCAACAUCUAACUCUCUUCGACGUCCUCCGUCUCACCCGCGUGAGCAAACGGUGGCGGUCAUCGCUGAAGUGUCCCGGGUUCGGCAAACUGCUGCUCGAAAAGGAGGAGGAGACGCUGACGGUGGACUUCUUCCUCUCGAUGCCCGUGGGUGGACUCGACGUGUUUGAAAUCGGGAUCGUGCUGGAUGACGAGGAGGUGGAGAAAGAAUACAGUGCGGGGGGUAUUCCUACCAGUGUGACAAAGCACCCGCCGCCGCCGUCGCUACCGCUACCGCUAUGUGUCCGCAAAACAACCUAUUUCGUCCACCACCGCACCGCCGACACCUCCGACCUGCAUCUCCUGACCGUGCGAGCUUCGGGAGCCGUCAGCAUCGAGUCGCGGCCAAUCUACCCCGGCCCUGUCCUCUGCACGCUAGACGACGCGCCAACUCUGGACGCCGCGAACGGCGGGUCGAGCGAUCGGCGGGUGGCGAUGACGGCCGAUCAUCGGCGGACGUGUCCGCUGUGUGGGAAUGCAAGCGUGGGGGAGAUUUGCUUUUGGGUCGAUAAGCGAUACCGAGUCUUCUUCCAAUCCUGGGACGACAAAUACGAUUUCACAGAGCCUGGCCGUGCCCCCGUGCACAUCACAUUGAUGCAUGAAGAGGACCACGGUCACUCCUGGUCGUCGCCUCCACCUUUACCCGACGUUCCCCAGGGCGAUAUGGGACAACAUCACGCGCUAGAAUACGCAGUCCGGCUUCGACAGGGGUGGUAUGCGCAGUUCACGAGACGGAGCCAUGUCCAGCGGUAUGGAUUGGUGCAGGGAGCGUCGAAGGGAGCGAGACUGGAGGCGUUCUUUGGACUGGGUGGUGAUGCGCCCGAUGGGGACGUAGCAGACCCCGUGGACCGCUCCCGGUGGGGAAGAAAUCGGCGAGAUCGCGCUCCGGCCGCCCCUAUUGCUAUUUACAACCCUUGGGCCUAA